AUGAUCUUAGUUGGCUGCAUUGCUAAUCCAAAAGUGGCACUAUUGAAAGGCAUCCACAAAGAAGUUGAAGUUAUCAAAGAUGAUUUGGAAGCCAUUAGAGCUUUCCUGAAAGUUGCAGAUUCGAAGGCAAAGAAAGAAGGCAUCAAUGAGGGUGUGAAAAUAUGGGUCAAGCAAGCACAAAAGUGGCCUAUCACAUUGAAGAUGUCAUUGACAAAUACAUGCUUCUUGGGACACAACAUCGCACGCCACGAGAUAGCAUCAGAAAUUCUAGAUAUUCAAAAAGUUCUUCAAACUAUCAAGGAGAUAAGUGUAGCAUUCCAGUUCAUUUCUUCAGAGCAAGGAGCAUCUAGUAAUGCAAGAAGAGCAAUAUUGCAUGAUCCUCGCAUGGGUUCUAUUUUCAUUGAACAAGGCGAACUUGUUGGCAUUGAAUCUCCAAGAGAUAAACUGACAAGCUACUCAAAGGACGGUCAUCUCAUUUGUUGGUAUGGGGGAGUGGGUAAAACCACUCUUGCUAAGAAAGUAUACGACAGCCUAAGAGUGAAAGAUCACUUCAAAUGUCAUGCUUGGGCGAUGGUGUCUCAAUCAUAUGAAGCCAAAAAAGAGUGUUGUCCUGAAAACAUUGUCACAGUCGAUGAGUCAUCAUUGAUUGGCGAGCUCAGAAAUUAUUUACAGCUAGAGGGGUAUUUCAUUGUAAUCGAUGAUCGUGAAUUUGAAGGCCGAUGCCCUACAGAUUUGGAGGAGUUGUCGAGGGACAUACUCGGACAAUGCAGAGGAUUGCCUCUCGCCAUUGUCGCCAUCGGUGGACUGCUAGCGAGCAAAGAAAAGGUUGAUAAAAUAGAGGUGAUAGUUGCUGUGAUUUCUGAUGGUCGGUCGAUGGAUGAGAGCAAAGGGGACUGGAUGAUGGGUCAGUGGCUUGUGGAGGAGAGUGAUGGAGUAGCUUUUGGAUGGCUUUGCGAUGUUGCGUGCCAGAUAGAGAUAGAGAUAGAGAUAGAUAUAGAGAGAGAGAGAGCACCUAGGAGCUACAGCUAUAUUUGGGUGGAGAAGCUGAAGAGGUAUGAGAAGAUGAAUUGUGGAGCAACAAGAUGUCAGCGGAAUGAUGAAAAGCAAGAGGAGCUUUUAUAG